GCUCUGUGUCCUCAAAGGUUGCGCGUUUGGGGGCGAUACAUCAGCGACAACCGUGGCCUUUGGUUAAAAGCUGGGAAAUAAUUCAACUUUUCUCAAUUGAAAGAUGUAAAAUCCUUCCUUUUUUCACAGUGUCGCCCUAAAGUGCCGGCAUUUCUAGCUGAAAUUGGACGUAGAGGGUGCACCUUUGCGCAGAGACUGGUUUAAUGCUGAGAGGCUCCUCUGGGUGCACAAAGACAGCGGCUCGCAGACGAACUUGUUCAGAGUGAACCGGGGACGCUGGGAGGCGAAAUAAACAAUCUCCGGACUCGAAGUAGCCACGACCGCGUAGUUUUACCUCUUCAAACACACGAUUCCACCACCCAUCCAACGUUUACAAGGUUGCAGGAGCGUGCCGGUUGGGAACGUGUGGUGCAGCAGACCACUCUUGGCAACAUGGUGAAGGUCCAGAGGUCCACCAGGAGGAAGAGCGCUCACUGUCACCGCAGACUGGAGAGUGCUGUUCAGACAGAGAUGGAGGAAGGCCAUCUCCAGUCAGACACCCAGCAUCCAGCACAGGAGGAGCCCCGAGGAGGAGACCAGUCCUCGGAUCAAGCCCAGCUCCAGACCUCUGCUUCAGCUGAGGUGCCCUCAGAGAACUUGGACCAGAAGGAGACUCCAGCGGAAGUCCAGGAAAAGGGCGACAGCGCGGCCCAGCUCCAGGCCAAGCCUCUGUGGAAGCCCAUCCCCCCUCUGCUGCCUGAGUUGCACAGGAGCGGUACCAGUAAGACCAGGGACCAGAUCUGCCAGACUGAGGACCGGCUUCAGCAGACCAGCGCUGGCAGCCACGGUCAUAACACAGGUCUCUGUGUGGAGCCCGGAGAUCCUCCUCUGCUCCAGCAGCCUCUACAGACCUCCAAAUCUGGGAUUCAGCAGAUAAUUGAAUGCUUCCGCUCAGGCACCAGCCAGCUGAAACACAUGCUGCUGAAGGAGGUGGACACCAUCUUUGAGUGUAAACUGUGUCGCAGUCUGUUCAGAGGCCUGCCCAACCUCAUCACACAUAAAGAGUACUACUGCCUAUCACGGCUCCCUGAACCCGACGGUUCAUCGGGUGAUGACAGACAGAGUGUAGCCAUGAAGGAUUUAUUGGACGCUAUAUAUCCCAGAAUCCCAGACACCGUGGUCCACCUGGAGCCCAUUCAGACCACAAACAAGGCCGUGUUCCAGUACCUCACCACAGAGGAGGAGCUGGCUAGAUUUCCGUUGCAAACACCGAGUGCCAGGGAGAGUCCGGUAGCCUGGGAGGGAGAAUCAGUGGAGGGUGGAGACAACAACCAGCCGAGCCAGCCAGGAGGGCCAGAGAGCCACAGCAGCCCGGGAAACAAUCAGGGACAGAAGAGAUGGGAGGCUGAGGAGGAGGCUAAAGAGGAGCAGCCACAGCCUGAGGACGAGGGGUCCACUAGUGGGGUUGACGAUGUGACAAUCUCCUGUUGUCUCUGCGGUCAGGACUUUAACUCACGGCGCAGCAUCAGACGUCACUGCCGCAAAAUGCACCAGACCAAACUUGAAGAGCUCCGAAAGUUCACAGAGACACGCACAGUUCCCACAAGCCUGCUCUCUAUGGUGAAAGGUCGGCCGAGGACUCUCAGCACACCGACCGGAAAAUCCUGCCCGGUGUGUUUUAAAAGCUUCGCUACCAAAGCCAAUGUACGUCGUCAUUUUGACGAGGUGCAUCGCGGUCUACGGAGGGACACCAUCACACCCAACAUUGCCUCGCGGCCCGGCCAGCCCUUCUCUCUGGAGGUCACCCCCCCCAGGAAGAGCAACACUUCCUCUCCAACGCGGGGCAGCAACUCCAAGCCCACCCCUGUGAACUCUAAAACAACGCCUCCGAACCAAAACCAGUCCAAACCUCAGAGUCCGCCCCCUGCCUCUCCACAGGUGGCCCCGGCCUCAUGUCGCUGCACGAUCUGCAAGAGGAACUACAGCUCUCAGCUCAUGUUGAAGAGGCACAUGCGUAUCGUCCACAAAAUAUACAGCAUCAAAAGUAACAGAUCUGUGACUACGCCAGCCUCCACUCCUCCGCCAGCUUCCUCUCCUCCGCCAGCCUCCUCUCCUCCGCCAGCCCCCUCUCCUCCGAAAGCCACUCCUCCCAGUAGCAGCGCUAACUUAGGCCCAAGCAACAAUAUCCGAGUGAAAGAGGAGGCAGUAGAACCUUCAGAUGAAGACGAGGACGGGGAGAACAUCGACAGCAGUCCGGCCCCGUCUCCCAGUGAGAGCACUGCGACGGCUAAAUGUAUUUCUGUGGGAAGCAGCGCCAUGAAGGUGAAGGAAGAGGAGCCCCCGUCGAGCCCAAAGACGACGCCCUCCUUAUCUUCAUCAUCCUCGCGUGGUGGCAACACGUGCAGCGGGAGCGGGCUCGCCAAAACCACCAAACUGGCGGUGGGUUUUGACUUCAAGCAGCUCUUCUGCAAACUGUGCAAGCGGCAGUUCAGCUCCCGUCAGAACUUAACAAAGCACAUUGAGCUGCACACGGAUGGCAACGACAUCUUCAUCAAGUUCUACCGCUGCCCUCUCUGUCGCUACGAGUCGCGUCGCAAACGCGACGUCCUGCGUCACGUGACGGUGGUCCACAAGAAGUCAUCCGCAUACCUCGGAAAGAUCAUGCCCAAACUGGAGAGCCGGGCCGUGAAGAGGUUAGCCGAGGUCGUCCUCAACACCACGCCUCCCAGCAAGAAGACGAGUGGCAGCAUCAAAGAGGAAGUGAACGGACGUGCCGCUUCUUCGUCCUCCUCCUCCUCUCCUUCACCGCCUGUCACUCGCAAGCAAGAGGGCUCCACAGCUGCCCCAACCACUUCAUCAGCUUCCUCCACCUCCGCCUCCUCUUCCUCUUCCUCGGUCCAUCCUCCUGCUCCUGUCACUCGGAAACAGCAGGACCUCUCGUCGCCAGCGUUAGCCCCGUCCCCUCCUGUCACCCGCAAGCAGGAGAGACAGCAGACCCACCAGCCUCGUCCCAUCAGCCCCCCACUGACCCGCCGCAGUGAGAAACACACACACCAUCGCAACUCCUCCUCCUCCAUCUCGCCCAGCAACCAAGCGCCACACACCCGACGGCACGACCCCCCCUCAGAGAGCAGCGGCACAGGGUCGUCGUCCUCCACUGAAGUCCGAGUGACCAAGAACUUCUCCCUCCACGCCUGCGACCAGUGUGGACGGGCCUUUGCCAAGAAGCUGUACCUGGAGUCUCAUAAGCGAAGUCAUCGUAACGCAGCGACGGCGGCAGCCAGCAGGAGGAAAGGAGUCAGCACCCGCUCCAAAUCCCUGGUCUGGUGAAACACACACACUCGGUCUGCUUCUUCUUCUUCUUCUCUCUCUCUGCUCUCACAGUCAGCUGGGGAUAAGGGACCAGCAAGCCUCUAACAAUGAAGACGCAAAUCAAAACUUUGAAUUUGGAAAAUAAUGGACGAAUGGAACGAGCACAGAGCCGAGAUGAAAGAAACCAACAAAAGGAGUACGAUACAGGAGUGAAGUAAAAAAGGAUUUCCACCCUUUGCUUAUCAAGAGCCAAAUAUAUUCUUGGUAUCUGACCAUUUUUUGUAUAGUUUCAUUAUGAAGCCAGCCAGCUUGCUGGACGGUGGCGCUGCUAUCCACAAAGAGACUGUUGAAGAUUCACUGCUACUGUAUACAGUCUAUUUACUACAACGGCAUGUUUAUAGAUCCAAAGGCAGAUGGCUGAUUUGUACUGCCUUGCUCUCGGUAGCAAAGAGAUGAAGGUAGAGUGUGUGUGUAUGUGUGAGAGACUGUGUGUGUGUGUGUGUGUGUGUGUGUUUGUAUGAGUAUGAGACUGUGGGGGGGGGGGGGGGAUCGGGGAAUCAGAACUGGAUUGUGACCUCCAUAGAAAAUAGACUGGAAAUUUAAUUGGAGAAUAUUUUUGGGAGAAAGCAGAAUUUGAUUGGGCCCUUGCAUUCCCAAACAGAUACACAAAACAUAUGUGGCUCCUUGGCUCCUAACUGUGUAUCACUUUUCUGUAUAUUCACAACUUAUGUCAUGUUUUAGGGUGUGAGGGAUGUAUUCAAGACCACUUGCUCAACAUUACGACUGACCAACAGAUAAUACAUCCCUCCUCAGUUCCCUGUCUGCUCUGCUAUCUCACAGAGAAACUGUUACCAAAGGGUUUCUACGUUCAGUCUUCAGAAGGCCAGCUGCUCGCUCUACAGUUAAAGAAAAGGACCUUUAUCUUCUCUUGUAAAUGUCACUAGAGAAGCAAACCGAUCAAAAGUCCAGUUGUGAUAUUCUUAAUUUGUUGUAUCUGCUCUGUAGGGACCAACGGCAACAGGAGUGAAUUGUUCAUUAUUUACAGAUUAUAGUUGAGGCAAGUGAAACCCCAAAGUAUAUAUUUGUUUGUUUUCUUUAAAAAAAAUGCGUGUGUGUUUUGCCUUUUUUGUUUGUUUGACUGCGUGUGGAAAACUUGACUGUGCCCUGUUUUAUCUCCACAUAUUAGCCGACUUAUUACUCCCAGUAAUCGUGUGGUUAUGAGAGCAGGGCUCCAUUAAGACAUCCGUCUGUGAACUGAGGCAGAUAAGUUGUGAAAUGAGACACCAGACUCACACACAGUGUGAAGGUAUGAAACAAAACAAGGCAGACAGUUUUACAAAUGCCUAAUAGAUGAAAUCACAUUAACUUUCUUCCAAAUAUGGAGUAUUUUAUUAUAUAACCGCUCAGUUUAAGGUGUACAACCACGGGCAAAACAUUCAAACUAUCAACGUGACGCCAUUAUUACCCCCCACAUACAUCGCAAAUCACUGGCGUUAAUGUGUGAAAAUCUUAUUUACAGUGAGCGCAGAAGAUGCGAUUGCACAUAAUUAUUAAAGAGCGUUGAAGACAGGUUGCUGCUGGUGUUACAAUAACAGCUACACCGCGUCAGACUUUGGAAAACCAUCAACUGGAAGUAUUUGUUUUCUGUGUUGAAUGAAAUAUCGACCGGCGUCAUCGUGCUCGCCACGACGCAGAAAGCCGACCCGAGAUGAUUUGUCGGCGCAUCUCAGCUGUGCCGAAGCAGCAGGUGUGACGGGUCUGAGUCGGCACCAGAUGUUUGGGAACCACCGUCUGUGGUGCUCACCCUCCUUAUUUAUAAAUGGCCAACACGCAGGGAGAAAGCCGCGUGCCCCGGAAGACUAAACUGGUCUGUAAUCAAAACGUAAAAAGUUUACAUUAAACUUUUUGUUCCAUAAACAACAUUGUACUCAAACUUAAGGGGGCUGCAUUGUGUAAUGACAGCAACGGGUACCCCGAGGUAGUCUUUGAAACACUGGCACAGAGAAAAGUGAUUAAGGAAGACCAAAUGUUGAUAUGUCUUAAUGUUCAAUAAGAAAGCCAUGAAAUGGAACAAAACCAGAAAAAAAGACCAACCUUUAUUUUUUAUAAGUGAAAAAGCAACUGCGACCAGGUCUUGAGAACAUGUAUAUAUGGAUUCAUCCUACACGGAUGGUAUAAAUAAUAGUUAUAAUAGUCACAAUAGUUAUUGGUCGACCAUAUGCUUCUAACGACUAGUUAAUACUCUGUUUAAUACUGAGGCAGUUUUGCGUUGUUCCACCAUUAGUUGUCUUUGUUUGUAUCUCAUUCCUUUUUCAAGGAGGAUUUUGUUGUGCUAAGGAGAGAAUUAAAACCGUAGGAGACUUUCUUUUGUUUUUAAAGCUUGUCAUUUAUUUCCUCAUCAGCUGUAAUAUGUUAUUAAGCUCACCUUCUAGAGAACUUGAGAGAAGAGUUAGACAAGCCUUUCAGAUGUGACAAGAAUGUUAAAACCAACCACUUAAUGAAUAAAUACGUACUGCUUCGAAUCUCA